AUGCCGAUGUACCAGGUAAAGCCCUAUCACGAGGGCGGCGCCUCUCUCCACGUCGAGCUUCCCACCUGCAUGUACCGGCUCCCCAGCCUGCACAGCAAGAGCGGCGGUUCGGCGCCCGACGCGGGCCACGUGCAGGCACCACCGCCUGCUUCGCUUCGAGCUCUCGAGUCCCGCCAGGAUGACAUCUUGAAGCGCCUGUACGAGCUGAAAGCUGCAGUAGAUGGACUCUCCAAGAUGAUUCACACGCCGGACGCCGACUUGGAUAUGAGCAAUAUAAUCCAAGCCGAGGAGCCCGCCGCUUUGUCCGCCAGCUCGCUGGACCUAAAUUCAGUGCUGGGAAAGAAUAACGGGGUGCUGAAAGACAUCGUGAUCAAUGCCAACCCCGCCUCGCCGCCACUGUCCCUGCUGGUGCUGCACCAGUUCCUGUGCAGCCGCUACCGGGUCCUGUCCACGGUGCACACACACUCAGCCGUCCGCAACGUUCCCCGGAACCUGCUCUGCUGCUUCGGGGAGCAGGCCCAGCGGGGGCCGCGCCAGGAGUACCAGCUGGCCUUCACGCUCAUCUGGAAGGACGUGCCCAAGACACAGAUGAAGUUCAGUGUCCAAACCAUGUGUCCCAUUGAGGGUGAGGGGAACAUCGCGCGCUUCCUCUUCUCGCUGUUUGGCCAGCAGCAUAAUGCCGUGACACUGACCCUCAUCGACAGCUGGGUGGACAUGGCCAUCUUCCAGCUCCAGCAGGGCAGCAGCAAGGAGCAGGCCGCGGUGAUCCGCGCCAUGAACUCUGCGCUUGGGAAGAGCCCCUGGCUGGUGGGCAGUGAGCUCACGGUGGCCGACAUCGUGCUGUGGUCUGUGCUCCAGCAGACGGGUGGUCGCGGCACGGCCUUGCCGGCCAACGUGCAGAAGUGGGCACAGGCCUGUGAGAACCUGCCCCCCUUCAGCUCUGCCCUCCGCCUCCUGAGCUGACCUGUCGUGACGGCCUCCAAGGCUCAGGGCUAACCAGGGUGCUCACUCCUGCCUCCUGUUGGCAGAGGAUUGGGGCCACCACCCCUGUCCUGAUUCUGGCCAGUUGUCAAUAAAAGCCUCACGCAGUGG